UUAUCUGCAGAAACCCAUUAUAAAAGUCUUAGUGAAAGAUACAGUGAAACUUCUAGCGAGGACUUUUCUUCAAGUUUUAACAAAUUAGAGAAGAAAGAAUAUUUUGGUGAAUCUGAAUUUAAAGAGUCACAAUUAGUUAAGUCUUCAUCGAGUACGGUAUUUAGUAAAUCAUCGACAAAGAUAUUUAGCGAACACUCUUCAUAUUCAUCUAAGUCAUAUUUUGACAGCGAAGAUGACUUCUAGACCAAAUUCAGCAACAUUGAAACCAUCAACGCCUAAUCUAUUAGAAGACUCUUCAAUAACAUUCGAAGUGCUUCCUGAUGAAGAGGAAGUUCCAUGUAAAACUUAUUUGGUUAAAUGUCACACUGGAAACAAAUACUUCUCUGGUACUAGUGCAAAGGUCUCAAUUGUACUUCAUGGAAAUAUAUGCGCUUCAGAGAAAAUAGUGUUAGAAAAACCUGUUAGUGGAAAGAGUCCUUUCCAGACUGGUCACUUUGGAAUCAAUGCCGAUGUGUUUGAAAUAAGUACAAAAGAUGUUGGUUACUUGUGGAAAAUUGAUAUUGGACAUGAUAAUUCUGGUUUUUCUCCUUCGUGGUACUUAAUAAAAGUUGAAGUAGUAGAUGGUGAUAAAACGCACAAGUUUCUGUUUAAUAAUUGGCUUUAUUACAGCCGCACUUAUCAUUUACUACGUGUUGAACUUGAAACAGAAGAAAUCCCAAUUGUUGAAAUAAUCCCAAAACUGAGUGAAGGUGAUUUAACUGAACAUCAUACUCUAAAAUUUUACAAAAAUUUUGAAUCAGACAAUCCAAAACCACUCAUUGUUCGCAGAGGGUUAUCAUUUGAUGUUCUUGUACGGCUAGCUCGUGAAUAUGAAGCACAAAAAGACAGUUUUUAUUUUUCUCUGUCAACAGGAAGUAAUCCUCGUGAGGCAAAUAAAACCAAAGUUAUAGUGAAAGAGUUAGCUCCAAAAUAUUUAAGCCAAGCUAUAGAAGAAAAAAAAUGGUUUUACAUUAUUAAGAGCAAUGAUGAUCCAAAUAGUGUUCUUGUUCAAGUUUUUAUUCCAUCAAAUGCUUUAGUGGGUGAAUACCUUGUUGUGGUUGAAGGAGAGAGCGAUUCUUUUAAAUAUCCUACAGACAAAGUUUACAUUUUAUUUAACCCAUGGAAUGAAGAUGAUGAAGUUUUUAUGGAAUCUGAAGAAAAAAGAAAUGAGUAUAUAAUGCGACAAUUCGGCAUCAUAUACCAAGGAUGCUGGAAUUCUCCUGUGGAGAAAAAGUGGUAUUUUGGACAGUUUGAAGAAGUAAGUCUUAACACUGCAUUUUAUCUUUUGGAUAAUAUACCUGCUAAAGAUCGAAAUGCUGUUGGAAUAGCGCGAUGGAUUUCUUCAUUGGUAAGCAGUAAUGAUGAAAAUGGUAUUUUGGUUGGAAACUGGUCUGGUAAUUAUGAAGAUGGCACUGCUCCAUCACAUUGGAAUGGUUCACCUGCUAUUUUAAGAAAGUUUUAUAAAAGGGGCAUACCUGUAAAAUAUGGUCAAUGUUGGGUGUUCAGUGGUUUAAUUACAACAAUCUUGCGUACUCUUGGAAUUCCUUGUCGUCCAGUGACAAACUAUUUGUCUGCGCAUGAAUCAAAUGGAGAUUGUUUUCAUGAAAUUUAUUAUGAUGAAAAAGGAGGAAAAGAAUCAGGAGAAACAAUUUGGAAUUUUCAUGUAUGGAAUGAAGUGUGGAUGAAACGACUUGAUUUGUUUGAUUCAAAGUUUGAUGGAUGGCAGGCUAUUGAUGCAACUCCUCAAGAAGUUGACGGAGGUAUUAACCAGAUGGGUCCAGCACCUUUAGUUGCUAUCAAAGAAGGAGUUAUGGACAUCAAAUAUGAUGUACCUUUUGUUUUUUCUGAGGUAAAUGCUAACUCGGUUAAAUGGAAAAAAAAUGAAGAAGAAUCAUAUGAUGUUAUUAUGUACCAAACAGAUGCAGUUGGUAAACGAAUGAGUACAAAAGCAGUUGGAAUAGAUGAGCAAGAUGAUUCUGUUAUUAAUGAUUACAAGUAUGUGGAAGGAAGUAUACAUGAGAUAGCUGCUCUCAAAAAUGCUCUACAAAGUUCGGGCCAUGAAUACGCUCAAAAAAUAUACAGCUCCCGAAAUGCCAAAGUCUUUUUGAGUGUGUUGGGAAAUAAAGAAAAAUUUGAAAUGGGUGAUGAUAUUGUUUUGACUGUGCGCAUUAAAAAUACAAUGAACAAAGAAAUUGAGAUACCAAUAUUAUUAGCGGGAACUAUUAAGCGCUACAAUGGCUCAGUGAUCAGAGCCUUGUCAAAUCAGAACAUUCCAAAAGUUACUGUCAGGAAAAAAGAUGAAAAAGUUAUUAGAAUCAAAGUACCGGCUGCCGAUUACCUGAAAUGUGUUGUUGAUGAUGCUUCUCUAGUAUUUCUUGUCCAGGCUGAUGUCACUGUUAAAGAAAAAAAGUAUAUUAUAAUGGAAGAGGUAACUUUUGUCAUCACCAAACCUGACCUCGUGAUUACUGGUCUUCCAGAAGAACUUUACGUAGGACAGACUUACGAAGUAGUGAUUCCAUUUAACAAUAUUAUUGGUAGGAACCUUACUCGAUGCAAGUUAAUUUUAGAUGGCACCAUUGUUAAGAAAGGAUUCUCUGUAAAGUUACCUGAUUGUCCUGCAAAUGAAAAAACUGAUUUCCGAUUUCAGAUUACUCCUGAGGUGGUUGGAAAAAAGAAAUUUAACGUCACUUUUAAUUCUCUGCAACUUGGUGGACUUAGUGGAUCGCACAAAGCGAUUGUUUUGUAAUUUUUUUUCAUUUCCGAUUGUUUAUUGGUUGUUAUUUUGUUUAGCUUGUUAAUGUUGCUUAAUUACGUAAUGUCGUUAAUUUACGUAAUACCGUAAAAAGAUCUUAUUUUAUUUGUUUACGACAAUUUUUAAUGUUAUGUUUAAAUUUUGUAAGGUAACACGAAAAUUAACAUGAUGUUGACAACCAUAUGUAUUAUAUUUAAUUUUUCCGUUAAGAUUUUCGUUUUUACAACUGUGUCUAUA